AUGAGUUCUUAGUAUAAAAAUUCUAAUGGAUGGGAAUCAGUGUACUCGGAAUAAGGUUAAUUAUAAGGGUCCCAUUGUAUAUAUGAAUCAUAAAUAGUAUUUAAAAUGGAUAAUCCUAAUUACUCUUAAUAAAGUUAAUAUUAAAUCAUUCAAUCAACUAAUCAAAAAGAAUCAUAAUAAAGCGAAACUAAUUUGUAUGAUAUGAUUUCUAAAAGUUACAACUUCAUAUUUAGCUAUGAACAACUUGCAAGUUAAAUAAAGCAAGCGUAAAUAUAAUAAUUAGCAUAGAUUAGUUAAAAUUAAAAAUAAGUUAGUAGUAGGUAAAAUUUUAUAAAUAGUGAUAUAAAUAUAAGUCGAUUAUAAUCAUAAAAUAAUAAUAAUUUUAAAAACCUUUAUUAGAAUAGAUAAUCAUAUGAUUAUUCUACAACUGAUUAAAGUUAGUUGAAAUUUUAAACCAAUUAGUUUGAGUAAAGUAAUAAAGAUCCUACUUAUUUAAAAUAUUUUUAAAAUUUAAGCCAAGCUUUGUCAGGAAAUGCUAAUCAAAAUGAUUUAGUUUUUUUUAGUUCUUGUAUUAAAGAAAUUUAAUUACUUUGUGAAAAGAAACCAAAAAUAAAAAUUUGUUAAUUGUAAAAACAAAUUAAUCAAAUGAAUACUCCUUAGAUUGAUAAAAUUGAAAAGUAGAUUUCUGAUGAAGAAAAGGAAGAAACUAAGGUUGAUAAGGAAUUAUAAUAGCAUGAUCAAAAUUAGGAAAUAAAAUUGUAAAAUGAUCAAUUAAUUGAGAAAUAAAAAAGCGAAGAAUUGAAAAAAUAGUAAGAAAUUUAAAAUAGUUUGUGUGGCUUGUGCUUAGAUCCAAUCAACUCAUAUUCUCAUUAAGUUAUAGCCCCAAAAUAUUUUACUGAUACUUAUUAAUACUUUCAAGCAAAGUGCGGUCAUUACAUAAGCAAGAUAUGUUUAGCAACAACAUACUAAGGUAUAUUUUAAGAUUCAAUCCCAAAGACGGUAAAAUAAUAUGACGAGUAGCUUGAAAAGAAAAGUAAAUUAGAUCUUUAGUUAAAUUGCAAUCAUUGCAAUUAUAAGCUCUAAAUGGAUGAAGUUUUAGAGUAAAAUAAUGGCUAUCUCACCCAUGUAAGGUCUAACAGAAAAUAAUUUGAGUGUGGUAUUUGUAUAGUUGAUUAUGACCUGGAGGAAGAGGGUAUCGCUAUGUUUGAUUGUGAUCAUAUCUUUUGUAUUUAAUGCUUAACCAGCUAUAUUAUUUAGUGCAUUAACUAAAAUAAAUUUAGAUAUGAAGACUUUAAAUGUCCUCAAGAUAAAUGCACUGCUAUAAUUAAUAACUAUACUGUUGAUAGAUUAAUGAAUACACCUGAGAACUAAAUGCUUUUUAAUCGUAUGAUAAGAAUGUAGCUUGUUCACACCACUUUUAAAAAAGAAAAAAUAGCUCUUUGUCCAGGUUUCCAAAUGAGAAAUAAACAAACUAAUAAUAUUUUGAAUGUUGAUUAGGAAACAAUUACUUUACUGCGUUUGGGUAUGCCUCCAUAGUUAUCAGAUGAUGUAGAAAUAAUUGGAUGCACUACUUUCUUUAGCUAUGAUGAAAAUAAAGUUUAAUUUUACGAGUGCAGCAAUUGCAAAUACAAAUCAUGCUUAAAAGGAUGUGAAGAUGCACAUAUAAAAGGAUCAAAAAGAGGAAAAAAUUGCUCAGAGUUUAAAAAGUGGAAAUAGUAAAAUUAAGGUAUGGAUAUUGAUUUAUUGGCUAUUUUUGAUAAGGAUACUAUGUGCUAAUGUCCAAAAUGCAAAGCUAUCAUCAUCCGUAACGGAGGUUGUAAUCACAUGACAUGCACAAUGCCAAAUUGCGGCUUCUAAUUUUGCUUUAAAUGUCAAUCAAAAUGGCUGUGCUGGAAGCAUUUACAUUACUUUUGA